UAGCUGUCGAAUUCUGUGCUGGCCUACGCGGGAUCCUUCCUGAGGAGGCAACAAAAUCUUGUGAAAUCAGGUGCACAUUUUUAAGAUCGAAAAGUCAUUGAAAAUCCAACGUCAUAAGGACCGAACAGAUCUUGUCAAGAUUCAGGGGCCAACUAUUUUCACAGCCAAAUCAUUCAAAUAUUCUCUGCAAUACGGAAGACUUAACGAAUAAGAUAUCGAACGAUUCAUUCACAUUGAAUCGACCGUAAAUACUGUCAGUACAAAGAUUUUGUAAGAUUACCGUCAGCGUCAUUAUAUACAGUAAGAUUCGAGCCUUACGAACAGAUUUCCACACGAAGUAGAAUUUGGAACUUAUAUGGCUUCUUACCCACAGAAAUGUUAUUUAGGUCUUUCAUCCAGAUAACUUAGUCGAGCUGAGCAUUUGGGUCGUUCGGUAAGAUUGAAGUAGGAAGUGAGUUCUCAAAUUUGGAUCGGAACAUUAAGUGGGUUCUCCAAUUUGGAUCGAAAUAUUAAGUGGGUACUCGAAUUAGUAUCAAAUUUCGUCGAGUUUGGUUCGAUCUAGUAUCUGUAUUUGGAGAGCCAGGUCUUUAAAUUGGGGAUAUAUUGGAAAUUUGGAAGAUCUCGCGGUGAAAAUUCAGGAGAUUUGGAUUUGGGUGCGAGAAAUUGAUUUGGUUUACGAAGAGGGCCAUUAAAGGGAAUCUGCACUAUAAGAAUUAGUACUAUUUAGCCGUAGAAUCGCUCAUUGUGAUUGAAAAUUGGGGGUUUUCAAGUUUUUGAAGGAAAAAUGGGGCAAAGUAACAGAGAGGCCAGUGUGUCUGAGUUUCAUGUUCUUGCUGUUGAUGACAGUCCCGUGGACAGAAAAAUUAUCGAACGCCUCUUAGGAAACUCUUCUUAUAAAGUGACGAGUGUUGAUUGUGUAAGAAAAGCUCUGGAAUUUCUUGGUUUGGAAGAUGACUGCCAAGGCCUCAAUGUUGAUAAAAUUAAGGUGAAUAUGAUAGUGACAGACUAUAAUAUGCCAGGGCUGACUGGUUAUGAUUUGCUCAGGAGAGUCAAGGAGUCAUCAACACUGAAUGAUAUUCCUGUGGUGAUCAUGUCUUCAGAGAAUGUGGAAUCACGAACAAGAAGGUAUUUGUCAGGAGGUGCAGAAGAAUUCAUAUUGAAGCCUGUGCGACUAUCAGAUGUUGAGAGACUCAGAUCUCACAUUCUCAAAAGACAACCCUCUUCUAACAAAAGGAAAUUCAUGUCUGACAGCAUUUUGGUACAGGCAGAGAGAAGACCGAGACUCAGUGGAUUAACAGUGGCCUAAAGUUAUGGUACAGCAUUUUUUUCACAAAUUUUUUCUGUAUCUGUUGAGGAGACAGAGCACUGGUUUUGGAUCAAACUAAAAGACGGAAUGAUGGAUAUCAGAAGCCUUUUCUCUUGAGGAGUAGGAGAGGAACAGAUGGCAGGGAGACUAAUAUGCAUACAAUUAUGACUGCGAGACAUAGAAUUAUAUUGAUAUUUUGAUAUUCCAUGUCCAGUGCUUUAUGUCUAUCGAUGUAAGUCUCAGAGGACUGGUCUUUAGUUUUGUGACAAAUUCUGAAGGAUGAAAUGCUUGCGCAUUACUAUGCAAUGUUUAUUCCUGGAAGAUUCUAUAUAUAUACCCUUACAUGAAAUAUAGAGGCUAAUCAAAUAUACAGAUGAAUACAUAGGGGCUCCAAACAAACAAAUGCAGAGUUACACGCAGAGGAAUUGAAUGAAUGUAUAGUUUGUUGGAUUUUGAUAAUGGGAAAAUGAUUUUGAAUAUACAGGGAAUUGAUUUAUCCUAAUUGAAAUUUUAGAAUUUGAUGUGAUAAGUAUUUUGGGAUUUUGUAAAUUGACUCCGGUUUUUGUCUGCAGAAUGAAUCUGAACUUAUAAGUAUUUUGG